AUGAAAGAACCACUCUUCCUCAGUACCCUCUUUUUAACCAUCAACUUGCAGACAUCUUCAUCACUAGAAGUACCUGCCAUGGUAAAUUGUCCUGUUGAAGAUUCAGCAGUCGAUGUCCUUUUUGCAAAUCCUGAAGACUGCAAUUCCUUCUACCAGUGCAGAAAAGGAGUUCCAAUUUUACUGCCUUGUCCCAACGAUUUGCAGUGGAACGAUGACAUCAAAUUGUGCGAUUAUCCAAUAAUAGACGGGUGCAAGGCUGGAAACUUGGUCAAGUCACCGAGAACAGCUGCCACUGAUUUUAUCCCCGAAAGCGUCAUAGAACGAUGCAAGAGGUCUGUUGAAGGAACAAUGUUGGCAGAUCCUGAAGACUGCGCGGGGUUCUAUGUAUGUUCUUCAGGAGUGCCUCACAAUAAGACAUGCAGCCCCGGUUUGUUGUACCACGAUUCUUUGCACGUUUGUGAUUGGCCGGAAAAUGUUGAUUGUUGCGAAAACGGAGGCGAAACUCCGGAAGUCACUGUUGCCCCUAAACCGGAUACUACUGUUGACCCGGAUAUACCAACAGAAUGCUCUCCUGAUGUGGAUUUCAUCCCCAACUUCGAAGACUGCUCAUCGUAUUACCAGUGCCAGGGUCAGGAAUUGAUUCUUCUGCAAUGUCCUGACAGCCUGUUCUGGAAUCAGGAUAAAGAGAUGUGUGAUUUUCCUGAAAACACCAAAUGUUAUAUAUUAUAAUUAGAAAUAGC